AUGCCUCGUCAUCACUAUGAAGUCUAUGGGCACACGAUACGUGUAAUGUCUGGGGGGGUCCUAGAACAGACGCGAUCGACGACAAGGAUUGAGGUUCCAGAUUCCGCUCAGAAUGUAUCAACGACCGAGGGCUUACUCUCAUUUGUCUUCAACGACAGCUGA